AAAUAAGAGAGAAGUGCAAUCCCAACCGGAAUUACAGCACCGCCUGCGUCACUUUCUCUCUUACUUACCCUCCGAAUUUUCCCGAGAAACAAACAUAGUCUUGGCUACAACUCUUGUUCAUUUUUUUCUUCCAUACCUGCCCGAGUUUAUCCAUUUGCUUCGUUUUAACAUAAGGAAAAGAAGAAGAAGAAAAAGUCUGAUCAAAUAUUUUUUCAUUCUUCGUUGGAUUAUAGAUUUCAGGACAUUUUCUUUUACGAAUUUGUUUGCGAUAAAGAAGAUGACAAUACAACAGCAAAAUCAGGGCCAGCAAUCGAGAGUUUUCCACGACCUAUCGGCGCUGGUCCUGAAUCUUCUAGGAGUACCUCCCACGGCGACGGCGCUGUUUUUCUCCGAUCAAUCACCGGGAUCGGAGAGGAGGCGUUAUCCCCGGACGAUAACGCCGGCGGGAUUCGGAUGGCUGAUGCUGGGGAUAUCUGUUUCGAUGAUGUUUUGUGGAUCGAUCACUUUCUUCAUAGGGUUGAUGCUGAUGCCUUGGGUUGUUGGUUUGGCCAUUGUUCUUUACGUUGCUGGGAUUGUUUCGACUGUUUGGCCGUUCGAUUCUUUGUUAUGCCAUCGCCCCUCUCUUGCCGCCCAAGGAUAUUCCUGCAUGAUAAAACAGGGUUUAGUCAGAGAGUUAAAAUGGCCUGCAACAGCAUUUGAUUGAUUGCACGCCUUAUGCAUGGAGUGUGGUUCACUCUGCUUACUGAGUUAUGUAGCUUCUUUGUCUGAUAGAAUACAAGGGAUGGAUUGGACGUC